GGGGAGGCGCGGGCGAUGGAGGAGGGGGACGCAGCGGGGGAAGGGCCCAUGGCGGUCAGAGAGGGGCCAAGCGAUCGCGGCCUGCUGCCGGACGCCGGCGGCGGCGCCGCCGCCACCACCACCACCACCACCAACCUCCUGGCCUCUGUCAAAGAGCAGGAGCUCCAGUUUGAGCGGCUGACUCGGGAGCUGGAGGAGGAGCGGCAGAUCGUGGCCAGCCAGCUGGAGAGGUGCAUGCUGGGAGCGGAGUCGCCAGCGGGGGACAGUAGCAGCUCAUCUGAGAAGUCGUUUGCAUGGAGAUCUGCAGGCGGAGAGUCGCAGGGCGGAGCCAUGGAGGCGUCUGGUCGUCACCUGGACGCGGAGGAGGGACUCUACCUGCCCGAACCGGACCGUGCGUCCCUGCAUGACAGUGAGGGCUCGGGAGGUCACUCGGCCCAGAUGACCUCAUAUUCAGACAGCGGCUACCAGGACAGCAGCGUCAGCUACUACAGCAACCAGAAUGUGGUGCGUUCGGAGCCCCGGGCCUCGAUAUCAAGAAGCCCAAGAGCUGAGGGCCAAGCCUCGGGGCAGCCGUCCAGCCGGGUGUUGCGGAGGAUGGCCUCCCUCCCCUCCAGGAGCCAGUCUCCAGGCUGCGGCACCGCCGGCACUGUCUCACCCUCCCGCAUCUCCCUGCGAACGUCCCAAGGCAGCACCUACGACUCGCCCAUCCUCUCCGAGCCCAAACCUCUGGCUGCUGUUUUCCCCGGCACCACCAUGCCACCCUCCUGCCCGUCACCGACCUCCCCAACCAGCGGCACACAGGCCCUGGGCGGUGGGGGAGGAGGUGGCUUAGGGGGAGGAGGUGGCGGGCGGCUGGGCUCCACCCUCUCUCUGGUCGAGGGGAGGGGUUUGACGGGGUCCCCGCUGCGUUCGGGGAUGACGGCCGUGCCGCAGCACUACGGCUCCACGCUGCCCAGGCAGAGCCAGUCGCUGGCCUACGGAGCUGAUCCAUACGGCCUGUACCAGAGGAGCGCGCUGCCCCGCCCCGACAGCCUCAUAGGGCUCCACAGCUCGUACGCCGGUCAUGCGGGGCAGAUAGAUCCAGAGCUGCGGGCGGCGUUGUCUCCCGACUGCCACAUGACGCCGGUUUUCGAUGAACGUUCCUUCCACAGCCCCCUGUACCACAGCCCCACCCACGACCCCCAGGGUUCCCUUUACAGGACAAGCACAGGUAUGGGGACCCUGCCUCGGACCACAAGCCAUUGCGGCACGCUGCCAUACCAAAGAAGCAGCUACGGGCUGAGCUCCGCGGCCCUGUACGUCGACACCUACAGGAUCUCCGGCGAGCCGGUCUACUCCCACCGGCACUCGGGACUGGUAGACCGGGUCGCAACGCGCAGCCCGUCCAUCGAGAGCAUACACAAGGACCCGAGGGAGUUUGCUUGGCGUGACCCCGAGCUGCCGGAGGUCAUCCACAUGCUGCAGCAUCACUUCCCCUCCGUCCAGGCCAACGCCGCCGCCUACCUGCAGCACCUGUGCUACGGAGACAACCGGGUCAAGGUGGAGGUGUGUCACCUGGGAGGGAUCCAGCACCUGGUGGACCUGCUAGAUCACAAGGUGGCAGAGGUCCAGAAGAGCGCCUGCGGGGCCCUGAGGAACCUGGUGUACGGCAAGGCCACCGACGACAACAAGGUGGCGCUGAGGAACUGCGGCGGCGUGCCGGCCCUGCUGCGCCUCCUCAGGAAAACAACCGACAACGAAGUUCGUGAGCUGGUCACUGGCGUCCUGUGGAACCUGUCCUCGUGCGACGCCGUGAAGAUGACCAUCGUCCGCGACGCUCUGGCCACACUGACCAACACGGUCGUCAUCCCCCACUCGGGCUGGAGCAGCGUCCCGCACCGCGAGGAGCACAAAGUCAAGUUCCAGUCCUCCCUGCUGCUGCGUAACACCACUGGCUGUCUGAGGAACCUGAGCUCAGCAGGGGAGGAGGCGAGGAGUCAGCUGCGUUGCUGUGAAGGUCUGGUCGACUCGCUGCUCCACGUCCUCAAAGCCUGCGUCAACACCACCGACUACGACAGCAAGAUCGUGGAGAACAGUGUCUGCACCCUGAGGAACCUCUCGUACCGGCUGGAGGUGGAGAUGCCCUCCUCUCGUCUCCUCAGCAACCAGGAGCUCGACACCCUGCUGGGCUUCUCCUUCCCGGCCAAGGAGCUGGACUACCUCUGCUGGGGCAAGAGGAGGCGCGGCAGGAAGCGGGGCGGCUGGCCCGACGACAAGUGGGACGACGUUGGGCCGAUCCCAGGUUUCUCCCAGCCUCUGAGAGGAGCGGAGCUGCUGUGGCACCCGAUGGUGGUGAAGCCAUACCUCAACCUGCUGGCUGAAAGCUCCAACCCGGCCACGCUGGAGGGUGCUGCCGGGUCCCUGCAAAACCUCUCUGCCGGAAACUGGAAGUUCUCGGCCUACAUCCGAGCAGCGGUGCGUAAGGAGAAAGGUCUGCCCAUCCUGGUGGAGCUGCUGAGGAUGGACAACGACCGGGUCGUCUGCUCCGUCGCCACAGCUCUCCGCAACAUGGCGCUGGACGGCCGCAACAAGGAGCUGAUAGGAAAGUACGCCAUGCGGGAUCUGGUGAAUCGACUGCCCGGCGGCAGUCCGUCAGUGCUGUCGGACGAUACGGUGGCGUCGGUCUGCUGCACGCUGCACGAGGUCACCAGCCGCAACAUGGAGAACGCCAAAGCUUUGGCCGACAGCGGGGGCAUCGAGAAGCUGGUGGACAUCAGCAAAGGACGAGGGAAAGGGUAUUCGAUGAAGGUUGUGAAGGCAGCCGCUCAGGUGCUGAACACGCUGUGGCAGUACAGGGAGCUGAGGAGCCUCUACAAACAGGAUGGAUGGAACUACACCCACUUCAUCACUCCCGUCUCCACCCUGGAGCGAGACCGGUACCGUUCGCAGCCGACCCUGCCCACCAGCCCCCUGCAGAUGUCCCCCGUCAUCCAAUCAGGUGGUAGUGCAACAUCCUCACCAGCGAUGCUCGGGAUAAGAGGACACAGUUCCAACUAUCAGAGGGCGCAGUCAUCUAUGCAACUGGACACGUAUUACGGAGACAACAGUUUACACAAACGGCAGUACACAGGGUCUGAGAAGAAAACCCCGUAUUUCAUUGGGACAUAUUCUUCCCAGUCAGGGGAGGAUCUGAGAAGGUCCCAGCACCCAGAGCCAUUCUAUGACGAACCCGACAGGAAGAACUACAACAGCUUCAGAAUGUACCUGUCGUCUCCACAAGGCUACGGAGAGGAGCAGUACGAGGACGAACCAGUCCACCUGACCCCAUCCUCCCCCGACGGCUACGCCAGCCAGUCGCUCCGAUUCAAAGCCAACACCAACUACGUGGACUUCUACUCCACCACGCGGAGGCCUUCAAACCGGGCGAACAAGUUCACCGGCUCCCCUGACUCCUGGGUGUAGAUACGAAACGGAAACCGCGUACGUUGAGCUUCGUCGUUUUGGCAGUCUGUUUCCGUGGGUGUUUGUGUGUGCGGGGAGUGCACGUGGGUGGGCCCCCCGUAUGGUUGUGUGAGAGGUUAAGGACGCGUGUGAAUGUGUGUGCAUCUGUGUUGAAGCUGUACCGAAUGACCAGGGCUCGGUUUGCUACGUGCAGCUUUUGAUUAAGUUAGAACAUGUGCUUAAUAAUGCAGAUAAAUACGAACCAUUCCUUUUUAUCUUUGGUCUUUCUUCCACACUAGAAAAAGAUUAUUUUAAGGAAAAAAGGGUUUUAAUUUAAAAAUUUUAGAAAAAUUAAUCGUUUACUCCAGGCUGGAGAAUUAGUGCCUCCAGCUGGUUAUUUCAACUCCUAACAGUUGCUAAACAUCAGUGGAUGGAAACAAGCAUUCAUUAUCACUUUCUUUUGCCAAUCCCAUUGGAAAUUCCAUUAAAAUAUUUUGCGAAAUUUAGAUGGAAACUUGACUAAAUUGAGGUCAAGGUUGCUGCCCGCGACAGUGGUGUUGCAGACUGCCUCCUCUCUUGAGUGAAGGCCAUUCACGUCUUUACUCACGCGACUCGCACCUGGCUGCCAGGUGGCCCAACAACCCACACGCGACCUGACAGACUCUCAGGUGCGAGCGACCCCACAGAGGUUGCCAGCGUGGGAAUCCUCACCAGAAUUGAAGUUUUUCAGAGAAGAGGCCGGAAUCUAAAGUAAGUCCAGCUGCCUUUUGACUUUAGAUAAGAUCUUCAAACAUUGCCACAAUGUCACAACGAUAGAAGAAAGAUUUGGAAAAUUAAAAAAUGUAAAGAAAUGACACAUUUCUCUCAAUACAAACAUUUUAAACUUUACCUGCAUUAUUAUGGAACUAGUAAAUGCACUGCAGAAAGAUGGAUAUAGUCAAAAGAUCCUUUUUUGGAAAAAACCCAGCCCUAACUUUUUUGUUUACCAGAGUGUUUGUUAACGUCAACUGGUUUUAUUUUUCUCUGCAGUAAAAGUGUGCAGUGUGUUGGCUUUAUAAAUAUUGUCCGCCAGCGAGAGAAAAAGAACUUAUUGAAGUUGAGGAUCCUGUGUCAAAAAAAAACAAAACAAAAAAAAACACACCUGGGCCAAAUACUAUUUACCAGUAAUUCUGGGCACUUGCUGCAGUAAAUAAAACCACUAUACUACUCCAAACAGGAUAAAAGUCACUCUAAAAAUGAUUUUUAAAUGUUAUUUGACCAAGGUUUGGAGAGGAGAAACUUACCGAUUAGCAUCCUCUCACCUCGGGAACCUAAUGUUGGCCUAAAGUGCAGUAUGUCAUAAAGUAUGUGAAAUAUGUGACAAAAACAUGUGAAAAUCUAUUUGUACAGAUACACUGGCUAAACCGUCCUGUUACAUUGUUGUAUUCAAUAUGUAGAACUUUAUAUGUGAUUGUGUCGAGAAGAUUUUUCUAUUAUUUAUUGAUUAUUUUUCUUAAUUCACUUGUGACCUGACCAAAAUACGCCGUCUGUCUGUUCUGUCCAAAACUGAUGAUGAUGAUAAUGUGCAAUGUUACAGAGGGAAAUAUAUGUAUAGGGAUUAAAGAUUAUAUCAUGACGAUAUCUGAAA